AUGUGGGUGUGGGCAUUACUUCCUGUCACCCUGGCUGUGUUUGGGACUGUUGGCAUUUGGGUAGUCUAUGGCAUGGCUGUGUCCAAUAACACAGUUAAUAUAACUGAAGAAUUCCCAUAUAUCAGCACAUGUGGUUCUUACAACCCCCAAAGCUGCCUGUUUUCUCAGAUCUGCAACAUUUGCUGUGUUCUGGCUCUGUGGAUCGUCUCAAUAAGAUUUCAGCAGGUUCGGGAUUUGGGCUGUGCAUCUUAUACAAACACAGCCAGUUUGGUGCUUGGUUUCAUCUCUAGUAUUGGCAUUUCUGUUCUUGGAAACUUCCAGCAAUCAGUGGUGAAGUGGGCUCACUUGCUCGGUGCAUUCCUGGCCUUCUUCCUGGGUUUGGCUUAUUUUUGGGUCCAGGCGUGGCUUACGUACCACGCCCAACCUUCACAUGACCGGAAUUGGGUGGGACCAGUGCGCAUUAUCCUCUGCAGCCUGUGCACAGUCUCGGUCAUCUGCAUGGGAGUUUUCCAUAUCACAGGUUACCGUUCUGAAGCUGCUUUCUCCGAGUGGGCUCUGGUCAUGUGUUUCUUUGCACUUUUUGCGAUUUUUGCUGCUGAGUUUAGGCACAUUGACUUCCACAAGCUCGCUGUGCAAAAGGAAGGAAUGAAAACAGACAACAAUAACACCAAUAGUGUGUGGACUCUGCAGGAAAUUAACUGAAGAUGGGGCAAAUUACUUGACAGCCAGUUGUGGCUGUGGUAAUCAGAAUUUAGACAAACACACACACAGUGUAAUGAACGCACCUUAUUUAUGCUAGCGCCAUCUUUUAUUUUUAUAAGUCCUGCAUUCCGCUUCACUUAUCCCUCUCCUCGGCUGAUUAGCCAGACUGGGGGCC